AUGCUCAAACAGCUAUCACCAAAGGGACCCGAUCCAGUAACGUAUUCAUGGUUCCUUUGUGGUUCUCCAUGGCCAGUACUUAUCAUUACUGCUGGAUAUAUUCUUUCUGUACCUUAUGGCAAACGAUGGAUGUCAAAACGUCGAGAACCAUUUGAUCUUCGUUUACCUAUUGUUUUAUAUAAUUUUGCAGCUGUUCUAGUUAAUGCAUAUGUCGUUUUCCUUUCUUUACGAACAAUAACAGCAAGACCAUAUCGUAUCUAUUGUCAACGUGUUCUACAUGGUAAAGAUGAUAUUUAUCUAUCGGAAGCUGUUUGGUGGUAUUUUAUUUCGAAAGCAUUUGAAUUUUGGGACACAUGGUUUUUUAUAUUAACGAAAAAAUUUACUCAUAUUAGUAUACUUCAUGUUUAUCAUCAUGCAACGAUGUUUCCAUUAUGGUAUCUUGCUACACGUUAUACACCAGGUGGUGAAGUUGCAUUUCCAGUGAUUGUAAAUGCAUGCGUUCAUAUUGUUAUGUAUUCAUAUUAUGGUUUAGCUGCUAUGCAUAUUCAACGAAAACAACUAGCACGUGUUAAAUUAUUUGUUACAAUCAUGCAGAUAAGUCAAUUUAUAGCUGCAGCUGUUGGAUGUACGUUUCGUUUUCAUGCAAUGCUUUUUAAAAAUGAUAAAACCUGUUAUGAUUUUCCUGUUUUAUUUGUUUUAAUUUUUCUUGCACAUUCGAUAUCAUUAUUAUUUCUUUUUCUCAAUUAUUUUUUUCAAGAAUAUAUUUUAAAACGAAAUCAAAAACGUCGUGAACCAAAACUAAACAUAAUAAAAACAAAAAAUGGUUAUAUUAAAACUGCCAAAGAUGAAUAA